AUGGUAAUGGUUUCAGAAAUAGAUGUUUUUGAGCAUCUUUCUUUAAGAAAUAUAGAAGACCAUCCAUUAAAACUUUUUUCUGCUGCAAAAUGCGAGAAAAGACCUCUAUAUAUAAGCGGACCUAUGGUUAGGUAUUCAAAAUUACCUUUUCGUUCUCUUGUUCGUAUUUAUGGUGUUGAUUUGGCAUAUACUCCAAUGAUGGUUGCAAAAGAAUUUCUCUUUCAUUCUAAUGCACGUUAUUGUGAUUUUUCUACAAAUUUGGAUGACAGGCCUGUUGUAUCUCAGUUUGCCUCUAAUGAUCCUAUUAUUCUUGGACGAGCUGUAGAGAUAAUUUCAAAUUAUGUUGAUGGGAUUUCUUUGAAUUGUGGCUGCCCUCAAUCAUGGGUUUGUCAAGAAGGUUUGGGUGCUCAUUUGAUGCAUGAUCUACAGAAUGUUUGUGAAAUGGUAAAAGCUGUAAAGGAGCGUUGUGGUAGACAAAUGUGUGUUGAAGUUAAAAUAAGAAUUCAUGGAGAUUUACGAAAAACGGUUGAUUGGGCACAAAAAGUUCAAGCUGCUGGUAUUGAUUAUAUAGUAGUUCAUGGACGGCGACGAAAUCAAAGAUCAUCAGAACCUGUAAAUCUAAAUGCAAUAAAAUUAAUAAAAGAAUCUCUCAACAUUCCCGUUGUAGCAAAUGGCGAUGUUUUUACCUUUUCUGAUGUAAAUAAUAUAGCAAAAUAUACUAACGCAGAUGGAAUAAUGUCUUCAAGAGGAAUAUUGGCUAAUCCUGCUUUGUUCUCUGGUUUUGAUACUUGUCCAUGGUCUGCAAUUGAAAGGUUUAUAGAAUAUUCAUUAUCAUAUGGCUUGAAUUUUCAUUUAUUUAAAUAUCAUAUAUUAAAAAUGAUGGGGAAAAUAUUAAAUAAAAAAGAGAGUUGUGAAUUAUCGAAUCAGAUGAGUAUUGCUGAAAUACUCGAUUGGAUUGAUGAGAGAUUUAUCCUCAGAAGGCCCGGAGAUUCUGAAUUUGGAAAUAUUCAUACAUAUCAAAGAAAAUUAGUAAUAUAA